AUGUUGGAAUAUCUUGAUCUUGGAAACAAUCAGAUUAGAGAUGCAUUCCCUUCUUGGUUAGGGUCUCUUCCAGAAUUGAAUAUUCUUAGUUUAUCUUCUAAUGCAUUUUAUGGUAGGAUGGAGAAUCCUAAUUUGACUGUUAUUGUCUUUCCCAAGUUGCGAAUCAUUCGAUCUUUCUCACAACAGAUUCAAUGGAACAUUGUCUUGGGGGAUUAUGAUUACUCCAUGACGAUUACACACGAAGGCAUGGAGAUGAACUACCCAAAGAUCAUUCGAACUCUUACAGCAAUUGAUUUCUCGGGCAACAGAUUUGAUGGAGAAAUUCCAGAAUCGAUUGGAAAGCUCAAAAUGCUUCACUUGCUCAACUUUUCGAAUAACAAUCUCGUUGGAGGAAUCCCAGUAGCCAUAGCGAAGCUUACAAAUCUUGAAUCUUCGGAUCUUUCUCAAAAUAAGGUAGUGGGAAGAAUUCCAAUGGAGUUGAGUAUUCAACUCACUUUCCUUUCAAUCCUCAACGUCUCUCAUAAUCGUCUCACAGGGCUCAUACCAGGAGGCGGCCAAUUUGAGACUUUUCAAAGUAGCUCCUUUGAUGGAAAUCUUGGGUUGUGCGGAAAACCCUUGCUAAAAGAAUGUAGCAGCAAUUCUGGAAGCCUGCCACCUCCAUCUUCGACUUCUUCGGAAGAGUUUGGAUUGGACUGGAAAGUAGUGUUGUUGGGUUAUGGAUGUGAAUUCCUAUUUGGAGUGGUGAUUGGGCAUGUUGUGGUAAAAAAGAAACUAGAUUAG